AUGUUUUGGAAGUUCGACCUGCACUCGUCAUCCCACAUAGACACGCUUCUAGAACGAGAGGAUGUGACGCUGAAGGAGCUGAUGGAUGAGGAGGACGUCCUGCAGGAAUGCAAAGCGCAGAACCGAAAACUUAUAGAGUUUUUGUUAAAAGCAGAAUGCCUCGAAGAUUUAGUCUCAUUCAUUAUAGAAGAGCCACCUCAAGACAUGGAUGAAAAGAUCAGAUACAAGUACCCAAAUAUAUCGUGUGAGCUGCUCACCUCCGAUGUCUCCCAGAUGAACGAUAGACUGGGAGAAGAUGAGGCCUUGCUGAUGAAGUUGUAUAGUUUCCUCCUCAAUGAUUCCCCCUUGAACCCACUGCUUGCCAGUUUCUUCAGCAAGGUGCUAAGUAUUCUAAUCAGCAGAAAACCAGAACAGAUUGUGGAUUUCUUGAAGAAGAAACGUGACUUUGUGGACCUCGUCAUAAAGCACAUAGGAACCUCAGCUAUCAUGGACCUGCUGCUCCGCCUCCUGACAUGCAUUGAGCCUCCUCAGCCCAGGCAAGACGUGCUGAAUUGGUUAAAUGAAGAGAAAAUCAUCCAGAGGCUGGUGGAAAUAGUUCAUCCGUCACAAGAAGAAGAUCGGCAUUCAAAUGCAUCCCAGUCACUUUGUGAAAUUAUCCGCCUGAGCAGAGACCAGAUGCUACAGAUUCAGAACAGUGCGGAGCCGGACCCCCUGCUCGCCACCCUGGAAAAGCAAGAAAUUAUAGAGCAGCUUCUAUCAAAUAUUUUCCACAAAGAGAAAAACGAAACAGCCAUAGUCAGUGCAAUCCAGAUCCUGCUGACGUUACUUGAGACCCGACGGCCAACAUUCGAAGGCCAUGUUGAGAUCUGCCCCCCAGGCAUGAGUCACUCAGCUUGUCUGGUCAGCAAGAGUGUUCUAGAAGCCAUCAGAGGACGAUUGGGGUCUUUUCAUGAACUCCUGCUUGAGCCACCUAAGAAAAGUGUGAUGAAGACCACAUGGGGCGUGCUGGACCCUCCGGUGGGGAACACCCGGCUGAACGUGAUCAGGCUCAUCUCCAGCCUUCUGCAGGCCAAUUCCAGCAGCAUCAACGCUGACCUUGUGGAGCUGAACAGCAUCGCGGUCAUUCUGGACAUGUUUUUCAAGUACACGUGGAACAACUUCCUGCACACCCAGGUGGAGAUUUGCGUGGCACUGAUUCUUGCGAGUCCCUUUGAAAACACAGAGAAUGGAACGAUCACAGAUCAGGACGCCACAGGGGACAGUUUGUUAUUGAAACACCUUUUUAAAAAAUGUCAGUUAAUAGAACGGAUACUUGACGCUUGGGAUAUGAAUGAGAAGAAACAGGCGGAAGGAGGACGGCGGCAUGGAUACAUGGGCCACCUGACGAGAAUGGCCAACUGCAUCGUGCACAGCGCCGACAAAGGCCCCAACAGCAGCUCGGUGCAGCAGCUCAUCCGAGAUCUUCCAGAUGAAGUCAGGGAGCGAUGGGAGACGUUCUGCACAAGCUCCUUAGGAGAAACUAACAAGAGGAACACGGUAGAUCUAGUCACAGCCUGCCACAUUCACGCACCCAGUGACGAUGAGAUUGACUUUAAAGAAACGGGGUUCUCACAGGAUUCCUCUUUGCAGCAAGCCUUUUCUGAUUAUCAGAUGCAACAAAUGACGUCCAAUUUUAUUGACCAGUUUGGAUUCAACGAUGAGAAGUUUGCAGAUCAAGAUGAUAUUGGCAAUGUUUCUUUUGAUCGCGUAUCGGACAUCAACUUCACUCUGAAUACAAAUGAAAGUGGAAACAUUGCCUUGUUUGAAGCGUGUUGUAAGGAAAGAAUACAGCAGUUUGAUGACGGCGGCUCCGAUGAGGAAGACAUCUGGGAGGAAAAGCAUAUCGCGUUCACCCCAGAAUCCCAGCGACGGUCCAGCUCAGGCAGUACAGACAGUGAGGAGAGCACAGACUCAGAAGAGGAAGAUGGAGCCAAGCAAGACCUCUUUGAAUCCAGUAGUGCCAAUGCCGAAGAUAAAAUGGAGGUAGACUUGAAUGAACCACCCGGCUGGUCAGCCAACUUUGAUGUCCCCAUGGAGACAACCCAUGGUGCUCCCCUCGACUCGGUGGGCUCCGACGUCUGGAGCACGGAGGAGCCGAUGCCGGCCAAGCAGACAGGCUGGGCUUCGUUCUCGGAGUUCACGUCUUCCCUGAGUACCAAAGACACGCUGAGGAGUAACUCUCCCGUGGAGAUGGAGACCAGCGCUGAGCCCCUGGACCCGCUGACCAGCAGUGCGGCUGCCCUCACAGCACAGCCACAAGGGCCGGGCAGCGUGGCCAUGGAAGCCAGCUCUGACGGGGAGGAUGACACCGAGAGUCCAGACAAGGUAACUGAGACAGUGAUGAAUGGCGGCAUGAAGGAAACGCUCAGCCUCACUGUAGAUGCCAAGACAGAAACGGCGGUCUUCAAAAGUGAGGACGGAAAACUGUCUACCUCUCAAGACGCUGCUUGUAAAUACGUGGUGGAGGACAGUCCCGAGGUGCCGGAGACCAAGUCCGCAGCCCCCCAGCCUGCCAGCAGUUCCCCAGAGCAGAGGACUGACCAGCCAAGCAUGCCAGGGGACACGUCGGUCAAUGGCCCUGUAUGAUGAACAACAGCUGCUGCUGACUGAGGACCGCAGAUCGCCACCGCCCAGCACUCCGGAGCGCUCCGCGGAGCCUGCCAGGCCAAUCACUGCUGCACUCGCUCUGCAAACGAUCAGGGCCAGCAACUUUCUCCUCUGGAUCCUAGGACACUGGACAGAG